AGAAAAUAUAAUUCCUCGUACAAAAUAUUUCAACUUUUCAUUGAUUUACAUACACAUCUGAAAAAUGGUUAGAAAGAAAGUUGAUAACCGUAUUCGUGUGAUGAUUGAGAAUGGGAUUGCUGAGAAACAUCGAAGCCUCUUUGUGAUUGUGGGAGACCACGGCAGAGAUCAGACUGUGAUUCUGCACCACAUGCUAUCAAAGGCAGUCGUUAAAGCACGGCCUUCAGUAUUAUGGUGUUACAAGAAGGAGUUGGGUUUCAGCAGUCAUAGAAAGAAACGUAUGAGGCAGCUACAGAAGAAAGUAAAGAGUGGAAAGCUUGACAUUAAGGAUGACGACCCAUUUGAGUUAUUUGUAGCUGCGACUAACAUUCGAUAUUGCUAUUACAAUGAAACACACAAGAUCCUUGGAAAUACAUAUGGCAUGUGCGUUUUGCAGGACUUUGAGGCUCUUACGCCCAACCUGUUGGCCCGAACGGUGGAAACAGUGGAAGGAGGCGGGAUAAUUGUGAUCCUCGUCAGAUCUGUCAACUCCCUCAAGCAGCUGUAUACCAUGUCUAUGGAUGUUCAUGCAAGAUACAGAACAGAGUCUCAUCAAGAUGUUGUCUGCAGAUUUAACGAAAGAUUCAUGCUGUCUCUCGCCUCUUGUAAAAGAUGUCUUGUGAUAGAUGAUCAACUGAACGUCCUUCCCAUAUCAUCUCAUGUCGCAAAUAUAACUCCAGUUACUCCCAAAUCUAAGGAGGAUGCUCUUAGCCCAACAGAACAGGAAUUGAAAGAGUUGAAGGAUUCGUUGCAGGACACUCAACCGGUUGGCUGUUUGAUUAACUGCUGUAAGACACUUGACCAGGCUAAAGCACUUUUGAAGUUUGUUGAAGCAAUAUCAGAGAAAACAUUGAGAGCAACUGUUACCAUGACAGCAGCAAGAGGGCGUGGUAAAUCUGCAGCAUUGGGCCUCGCUAUGGCAACAGCUGUUGCAUUUGGGUACUCCAACAUAUUUGUGACAUCACCAAAUCCAGAGAAUCUGAAAACUCUGUUUGAAUUUGUAUUCAAAGGCUUUGAUGCUCUAGAGUAUCAAGAGCAUCUUGAUUAUGAACUUGUUCAGUCAACCAAUCCUGACUUCAACAAAGCCAUCGUGCGUGUCAACAUUUUCAGAGAACAUAGACAGACAAUCCAGUACAUUCACCCCACAGAUGCCCAUAAGCUAGGCCAAGCUGAACUCGUAUGUAUUGAUGAAGCUGCCGCAAUACCAUUGCCACUAGUGAAGCAGUUACUGGGCCCAUAUCUUGUUUUCAUGUCUUCGACAAUAAAUGGGUAUGAGGGCACAGGAAGAUCACUGUCCUUAAAGCUCAUAAGUCAAUUAAGAAAACAGAGCGCCACCUAUGGGGCAACUAGUAAUGCAAAUAAAUCAAUAGAGGGCGCCACUAAAUCUGCAUCAGGUCGAAUAUUACACGAGACCACACUGAAUGAAUCGAUACGUUACCAAAAUGGCGACCAUGUUGAAAAAUGGCUGAAUGAAAUUUUGUGCCUGGAUGCCGGGAAUGUAGCGCGAAUAACAUCAGGGUGCCCUUUGCCCGAGAAAUGUGAUCUGUAUUAUGUCAACAGGGACACUUUAUUCAGUUACCAUAAAGCGUCAGAGGCUUUCCUACAGAGGCUCAUGGGGCUUUAUGUGGCAUCGCAUUACAAGAAUACUCCAAAUGACCUUCAGAUGCUAUCGGAUGCCCCUGCUCAUCAUAUAUUCUGUCUGCUAGGCCCCAUCGACCCUAACAGUGUAUCAGGGCUGCCAGAGGUGCUAUGUGUUUUACAGGUUUGUUUAGAAGGUGAAAUCUCAAAAUCAACCAUAAUGAACAGUUUGUCUCGAGGGAAGAGGGCUGAUGGCGACCUUAUACCAUGGACUAUUUCUCAACAGUUCCAAGAUCAUGAUUUCCCCAGUCUAUCAGGAGGGAGGGUGGUUAGAAUAGCCACCCAUCCAGACUAUCAGGGGAUGGGUUAUGGCAGUCGAGCGUUAGAAAUCCUGCAGCAAUAUUACGAAGGAAAAAUCCCAAAUCUUGGUGAGGACUCGGAAACCAUCGAGGAAGCCGCAAUAGUCGAUAAAGAAACUGUCAAUCUACUGGAAGAACGAAUAACACCACGGAAGAAUUUACCCCCUCUAUUGUUGAAAUUGAGCGAAAGGCCGCCAGAAGUGCUCGAUUACCUUGGAGUGUCGUACGGAAUGACAUCAGAGCUUUUACGAUUUUGGAAAAAGUCUGGGUUCACUCCUGUGUAUCUGCGACAGACUCCGAAUGAGUUGACAGGGGAACACUCUUGUAUCAUGUUGAAAUUGCUUAACAAAGGAGGUGAUGAUGAGACCAGCAAACUCAACACAGAGAGCUGGCUUUAUGAAUUCUGGACAGAUUUUAGACGACGGUUUCUCUCUCUUCUAUCCUUUGAAUUCAAGAACUUCAAACCGGCUUUGCCUCUUAGUAUUCUACAACAGAAGAACUUCACCCAAGAUGUGAAAGGGCUUACAAAUGAUGAGAUAGAUACACAGUUUACAAAGUAUGACAUCAAAAGACUUGAGCUCUACUCACAGAAUAUGGUAGACUAUCACCUCAUCAUGGACCUCCUGCCAGCCAUCAGCCGACUCUUCUUCCUUUACAAAUUGGACCUCCACCUCAGUGCAGCACAGUCCGCCCUCCUGUUAGGGCUAGGCCUACAACAUAAAAGUGUUGACAAACUAGAGAAAGAGCUUGAUCUCCCAGCAAGCCAGCUGCUUGGUCUUUUUAACAGAACUAUAAGGAAAGUUGUUCAGAACCUAAAGGGCAUGCAGGAGAAAGCGAUCGAACAGGAACUAGUAGAAGGAAAAGAGAUCACCAUGGAGCCAGUCAAACAAACUAUGGAGGAAGAGUUGACUGAAGCUGCAAAUGAAGUCCUUGAUAAACAGAAGAAAGAUUUAGCAGUAUUGGGAGACAUGGACCUUAGUCAGUAUGCCAUAAAGGGAUCAGAGCAUGAGUGGGACGAUGCUUUGGCAGGUGGCAGUGUGAAAGGAACAGUUAGCAUGAAAAGUGAGAAGAGAAAGGCGGAUGAAAACAAGACUCCAGGUCACUCCUCUCACAAGAAGUCGAAAAAACAGAAGACACCAAAGUCAGGGAAGAAAGGAAAACAUUGAGACAUUCAGAAGCUGAUUACACUUUGAACAAUAUAAUUUUGAAACAUUUUAUCAGGAUCCCUUGGAGUGGAAGUGUCUCUAUUUUCUCAUGCAUCAUUAAUAUCAAGAUUAUUUACGUUAAAGGACGUUUUGAAAAAUAUUAGUGUAUCUGAUGUUUAAAUCGGUAUAUGUGGAGAUCAGUAUCCUGUUAUCAACAUAAA